CUUGCAUGCUAUCCUUCAAAGAGUAAGUUGAGCAUACGUAUUUCCUUGACAGUUCAGAAACUUGAGCCUACGUAUUAUCGGGAGUGGUGGUUUCCACGAGAGAGACGAUAUGGUGAAGAAAAUUGGGGUUGUUAUUUUCAACGACGAAUACUUCUCCCAUGAAGGCCUUGCGGCAUUGAAGUGGGCUAGUAAUUUGGAUGCAGAGGCCCAGCUGGGUUUCAUUCUACUCGUAAGGGAGGUGGUCGAACAGAGUCAACCGGCCGUAGAUGGGAAGUCAGAUGCCAAGAAAGGGAACACUUCAGUGAAAAGUAAGGAAAAAGGAGAUACACAGUCAGAUGCCAAGGAAGAGAACACUUUAGUGAAAAAUAAGGAAAAAGUUGAUGGGAAGUUAGACGACACCGGUUCCAACGGUGAUGUGCAGAGCGUCGUUGCCAUGCCCCAAUCAGAGCAAAUCGAGACAACAGAUUACAAAGUGGACGAACUCCUCGACUCGGUUAGGGAAUUAGCAAAGAAUAAUGAGUCCAAGAAGGCCUGGAUUGAUACGUUCGAACGCUACGUAGAUGUAUUUCGUGCACAGAAAAAGUUGGUCAAAUCCUACAGAGGAUCCAAUAUUCACAAAAUUCUGGAAGAAUCCAUCAAAGUUCUCCAGCUCGACACGCUCGUCCUUGGACAGGAAGCAAUAGGGUUGACUCGUACACGGAAUAUCGAAGUGCAGCUGAAAUCCCAAUGCUCUGUCAUUCUCGCAAGUAUAGAUGAUCCCAAGCCUAUGAACACGACGAUUGAAAUCUCUGGGGCGGAGCCCGCGGUCCGUGGAUGCCCAGAACAGGACCAGCCGUGAGAAAUUAAUAAAGGGAUAAAACACAUCGCAGCUGUGUUCUGAAUCGCACUCUACUGUUCAGUUUGUCCAAGAAUAAGUCUGCACUAGCUCCGCGUGUGAGAGUGCAUGCAUUGUUGUUUGUGUUGUGUGUUGUUUGGAAGGCAUUCACAGCAGGUGCGAAGUUCGAGCACGCAGCAGCUGCCCGACUCGCGACCUAAACUUCUAUUUUCUCCAAGAUAUAUAGAAAUUGUAAUUCUUCUGCGAGUGUCAAUUUUUUCCGUGUGAGUAUUGUCACGCACAGAAAAAUUAUAUAAUUAUUUUAUGGGUUUUU